UCCAAAGUCGUACGUAUUAAAAUCAUCACCCACAAAUUUGAAAUUCCAAUUUUCAAAGAAAGAGUUUUCAUUCACAUUUGUCCCUUUUCAUUUUUAAUUCAUUCUCUCACCUGCCAAAUCCACUUUCCUUUCUCACUCAUCAUCUACUCCAGCUUCCCUUCCUUCUUUUCACUUUAAAAAAAAGAUAAUCUAAAUUAAUUAACUAAUCAUUCCAUUAAUCUAAUUAAUUAAAAAAAGUGAUAAGCUUGUUUUGUAAAGCUUAUAGAGUGAAAUGAUUUUUAGUUGAAGUUGUUGAUUAGAAGAAGAAAAGAAUAUAGAGAUAAGAGAAAACGAAGCAUGGUGUUGAGAAAAGUGGGUAAGUAUGAAAUUGGAAGAACCAUUGGUGAAGGAACCUUCGCGAAGGUUAAGUUCGCUCAGAAUACUGAAACUGGUGAAAGCGUUGCUAUGAAGAUACUCGAUCGUAGCACCAUCAUCAAGCAUAAAAUGGCCGAUCAGAUCAAGAGGGAGAUUUCUAUUAUGAAACUAGUUAGACAUCCAUAUGUUGUUCGCCUCCAUGAGGUUCUGGCCAACCGUACUAAGAUUUAUAUCAUAUUGGAGUUCAUCACAGGUGGUGAAUUGUUUGAUAAAAUUGUACACCACGGGCGUCUCAGUGAAGCUGAAUCUAGGAGAUACUUCCAACAGCUUAUUGAUGGUGUAGAUUAUUGCCAUAGUAAGGGAGUUUAUCAUAGAGAUUUAAAGCCUGAAAACCUUUUACUUGAUUCACUAGGAAACAUGAAGAUUUCAGAUUUUGGUUUGAGUGCUUUGCCAGAACAGGGGGUUAGUAUGCUGCGGACAACUUGUGGAACUCCUAAUUAUGUAGCUCCUGAGGUACUCAGUCACAAGGGUUAUAAUGGUGCUCCAGCAGAUGUUUGGUCCUGUGGCGUUAUCCUCUAUGUUCUAAUGGCGGGAUAUCUUCCCUUUGAUGAGCUUGAUCUUACCACGCUAUAUAGUAAGAUUGACAAAGCAGAGUUUUCAUGCCCUGCUUGGUUUCCUGUGGGAGCGAAAUCUUUGAUACAGCGAAUCUUGGACCCAAACCCUGAGAAUCGUAUUACCAUUGAGCAGAUUAGAAAUGACGAGUGGUUUCAAAAAAGCUAUGUUCCUGUCCAUCUCCUCGAGUAUGAAGAUGUAAAUCUGGAUGACAUAAAUGCUGCAUUUGACAGUGUUGAGGAUCAGAGGGAUAAUCGGCAAUGUGAGGUUGAGGACACGGGUCCUCUAGUUCUUAAUGCGUUCGACAUGAUAAUGUUAUCUCAAGGCUUAAACCUUGCAUCAAUCUUUGAUCGGGGACAGGACACUAUGAAGUACCAAACACGCUUCGUCACUCAAAAGCCAGUGAAAGUGGUUUUAACAAGUAUGGAAGUUGUGGCACAGUCAAUGGGAUUCAAGACGCAUAUUCGUAACUACAAGAUGAGAAUAGAGGGUAUUUCAGCAAAUAAGAAAUCCCAUUUUUCAGUUAUAUUGGAAGUUUUUGAAGUUGCUCCAACAUUUUUCAUGGUGGAUAUUCAGAAAGCAGCUGGAGAUGCCAGUGAGUAUCUCAAGUUUUACAAGAAUUUUUCUAGCAAUCUUGAAGAUAUCAUCUGGAAAUCGCCUCAUGAAACAAGCAAAUUGAAGACCUCCAAGAAUAGAAGCAAGAGACACUAGUUUUGUUGCCCGCGGCAUCUUUUGUUCUAAUUGAAAAGCAAAGACGGAAAAUAUCUAGUUGUGGAAUUGGAUGGAGAAAAAAAGUCUAGCUGUGUAAGAUAUAUUUAUGCGGAAGUGUUACAGAAAACACCCGAGUCACCUCUUUAGUAUCUAUAACCAACCCAGGCCUCUUUAUAUAUACAAGAUCAGAUUCAAAUUCGAAAGAGAAAAAGGUAUCAGGUGUAAACUGUAAUGACAAAAAUGGUGAGUUCGGUGUUUGUAAAUUUCUUUUUUCCUUUUUUUUUUGUCUUGCCUUUACAAUGUAUCCAGAUUUUACAGUCAGAAGAGUGUAAGUGUUGAUUGAGUGUACUCAUAGUUUUCAUGUUAUCGGUUCA